AUGAAGCACGUAAAUGAAAACAUCAAAUUGUCGAACAAGAUAUGCUAUAAAUGUGCGUACGAAUUAGGUCAGUGCGCCAAAUUUGUGCAAAAGUAUAAGAAAUCACAUGAUGCCUCAAAACCGGAAGCUGAAACAUCAAUGCCGUGUUGCUGUUUGUGCUUUGAACAUAUAGAAAAUAACCGCAUAUUUGAUAUUACCAAGGACAAUCGUGCAAUCUUUAAUCCUUUACAGAAAAUCCGCAAGAUCUUUAAUGAGGACCUUAAGAAGAAUGACAAUUCUAAACUGAUAUGUCUGACAUGUCGAUAUAAUUUGGAUGUUUUAUAUGAUUUGAGAAAAGUAUACCAGGAAGUAAUUAUCAAUCUGAAGGCCUUGAUUAAUAACAAAAUAGAUUAUUCAAAUUUUCCAAAGAUAUAUACAGAUGUUGUAAAUCGGAAAACAACUGUUACAAUAUUUCCGGAUAUUAUAUUCUAUGAUCUAAUAAAUUCCGAUAGCAAAAAUAGUGAGAAUAUGAAAUGUAAUAAAACGCGUGCUAAAAAUCGCACGGAGCGAAGCAAUGCACAAACUAAAUCACGAAACAAUGUGAAAUUAAAAGUCCGGAAGUGUGACAAGUGUCAUAAUAUUGUUCCGAAUGGUACUGAUAUGUAUAGAUUUAAUCGUUCGCGUCUAACAGUAUGCAGAAAUUGUUGGAUAACAAUGGAUCCAAGUAAAGACAAAUUAAAACUGCGAUCACGAGAGGUAGAACCCAAUUUGACCGAAACAAAAUUAUGUGCAGUCUUUUUGAUAGAUGUGCUUGACAAAAAGAGUGAAAAAGAAUUUAAGAUAGAAAAAAAUCAAGAUAAUAAAUCUAAUGACAAUUCAGAAGAUAGAUUAUCUGGAAGUUUUUUAAAUAUCAUGCCUAAGAGUGAGGAUGCUGUUAACGAUAACAGAAAACAAGGAAAGAAACGACAAAUCAACGCUGAGAAGAACGAGGAUGUCGAGAGCACACCAACGAAAGUAACAAAAUUAAGCAAAAAACCUGCAAAUGCAACUGAAGCAAAGACAUCGUCUGACAUGGAGCAACCACUGGAGUCUACCACUUGUUCGACGCGACAACGACGUAAAAGAGCAGCCGCUAUUAGUUCUGACUUUGAUACUUCUCCAUCGAGUUUAAAAGAAAAAUCAAAAAGUCAGACAGAGAGUCUGUCACCUUCCUCAAGUAAGCCAGAUAGAAAGAAAUUGAAAACUAUUGUUGAAGGAAUAUCUACAAAUGUACAUUCAGAAUCUACCAAUGAAUCAUCCCCGAAAGAUACAAAUUCGAAAAGAAUGACGAGAAAAGCUUCAACUGCGCGCGCGAGCAAGGAAAAGAACGUUCGCAAAAGAACAAGAUCAUCUUCUAUCUCUAGUAUCGAAACGGUAUCAUUGGCGGAAAGACUUAAAAGUCCGAAAUCUGUAUCAUCGCCGGAAGAUAAGAAAAAAUGCCACACUUGUGACAUGUGCGGUAAGAAAUUUGACACCAAGCUGGAAAGCGCAGAACACAGACCAACGCAUCUCCUUCAAACUUUGUUAAAAUUGGAAAGAUUAACUAUUUCAAAUAUUAAGUUGAAACAAGAAUUGAAACUCGAUUCGGAAGAAGAUAAAAUAUCCGAAGAAGCGAAAAAAACCGUAAUUGAAAAAUGUAGAGAUGAGAUUAAUAUCGAAGAUACGGACGAAGAAAUGUCAAGUGUAACGAGAAAGGAAGAUGUAGAAAAGAAAGAAACAAAUAGUGAAAGUUGUAAUGUGACUGACAAACUAGACACAGAAAAUGAAUUGUGUGUAGACGAAUCUGCGAAAUAUCAAAGCGAUGAAAAGAUGAUGGAGGAAUCUGAACAGUGUGUAGAAUCGUCUGUGUCAAAUGGAACAGUAACUUCUGUUGAAAUAGAACAGAAUACAGGAGAAACAAAAAAUACAGAAGAAAAAAAUACAAAAAACAAAAAUAGAAAGGCAUCAACGGACAGAGACAUUGACACAUUGAAUAGUAAAGACACGGAUAUACAGAAUGAUAUUGUAGCGAAGGAAACAUCUUCCUCUACAUCCAAAUGUAGUCAUUCAUUGUUUAACAAUUUUGAUGAAGAAGAAAAUAAAAAUGUAUCUGCAGAAGAUGGUACAAAAGUAACCACUGAAGAAAAAGGAAAGUCUAAUAACGACGAAGAUCAUGUUCAUGAAGAAACGGCGCACGAUAACGAAACAACUAAAUCAUCGGUUUCAUCGAUUAUCAACAUGACCAAGGAUACGAUUCACAGUAAAAGUUGUAAAAAUGAUUUAAAAAAUAGUUGCAAAGAUAAUGAAAGUGAAGUAGUAAAAGACAUAGAAGGAGAACAGUGCGAUUCAGUAAAUAAAUCUCGGAAGAAAAAUAUAAAUAAAUCCAAAGAAAAGAAAAAAAAUAUGUUAAAUAUCGUAGAAGAAACAGAAACAUUAAAAGACCAAAUAGAUUUAGAUGAUGUAGUCGUAGAUGAGAACAAAGUCAUAGAUGAAAAUAGACUUGCAGAAGAUGGUACAAAAGUAACAAAAGAUGGUAAAAAAGAGAGU